GUGAGGUUCUGCCAGCAGCUUGUGAUCAGCAGCCACCUGCUGGGGAGAAACAGCGACCGUCAGAGGGAAUUUACACGAACACACACUCACACACACACGGACGGGGGUUUCAGCUUGCAGUGGUGACGCACUGUGAGCUCAGAGAGCCAGUUCAGAGUUUGUGUCUUUUUUUUCCACGCAUGCACACACAUACAUACGCAUGCACACACACACAAAGUGAGAGAGUGAAAGAGAGAGAGAGAGAGGACCCAGAGAGAGAGGGGGAACCUCGUGAACCGGCUUUGUGGUUUUCAUCCAUCUUCAAACGUUUUUUAAUUACACGUACCAACUGAAUCCACUACAGCUGAUGAUGCUCACUUCUCAACACUGAUUUCAACCAUAUUUAUUCACCAAACCGAUCAUAUGUACAUAGAAGAAUACAUUGAAGAAGAUGAGGAACCACCUUUGCUGCUCAGCUCUUGUCCUUCUCACGGUGUUCGGCUGUGGUGGGACUGCAGCAGUGCAGUGUCGGUGGGGGGAAGGGUGUGCAUGUCUGCAAUGCCCUGCAGGAGAAGAGCCUUCGAAGGCUUGUGGGCAGAUCCAAAGUCCAACAGAGGAAGUGCAAUGCCGACUGUGCCCGACCAGAACCUUUUCAGAUGCAUCCGACUCUGAACUCUGCCGUCCACACAUCUCCUGCAAGAUCCUCGGCCGAAAGGUUGUGUCCCCUGGCACGGCGACCUCAGAUGCCAUCUGUGGAGAGUGUCUGCCCGGGUUUCACUCCACUGCCACUGGGGAAGUUACCACCCAAAGUCCCUGUGUUAGAACUUUGCACGUCAGAACGGUUCGCACUGUGGGCAAAGGUCCAUCCGCUGGUGCAGGUGGACCAGUUAACGGCACAGUGGUGCGCAGCGCCGAGGAAAAGACAGCCGAGUACGCUGUUUUUGCUUUGGUGCCCAUCUUCUGCGUGAUGGGCCUGCUGGGUAUCCUCAUCUGCAACAUCCUGAAGAAGAAGGGAUACCACUGCACGGCCGAGAAGGAGGGAGGGGAUGAAGAAACUGCCACACCGCAGAAAGAAGGUAACAGCUGUCCCUACAUAUCUGACGACCUGAAUGAGGACACCAUCAGUGUUCUUGUUCGCCUCAUUACCGAGAAGAAAGAAAAUGCUGCUGCGCUGGAGGAACUGCUGCUGGAGUACGAGAGCAAACAGAUGGCCAUGAGCAAAGGCUCCUCUAUUAAGUUCCCAAUGCUGUCUCCAUUCCGCUCCCUCCCCAGGCUCUGCCCCCAUCAGUCCCACCUCCACACCAUCUCCGGCCUCUCCGGCCUGGCCCCGAAACACGGCUACCGCUGCUCCCGUUGCGCCCAGAAGAAAUGGCCCCCUGUUCUCAUACCUCCCCUGGAGUCCCUCAAAGAUCCCCUGAAGCCCCCGCAGACCCUCAUCCUGCCCUCCCUGAACACAUCCACCGACCAGCAGAAGAGCCCCCUGCUGGGGGGAGUGUGUGUCGACACCCAUCGGACACAAGCUGUCGUGCCAAAUACUGUACAGGAAAAAGUAGAAGGGAAUGAAGUGAGGGAGAAGAAGGAGGGAGAGCUGACAGUGCUGUCUGUUGGGAGAUUUCAAGUUGCUCAGAUUCCUGAGCAGAAGCCCGUCACCAUGGAAACCAAGACAUCAUCCCAGGAGCAGAGGAACUCCCUGUUUGGAGGGAAACAUUUCUCCUCCACUUCAUCAUCUGGCAUCAGGAGGUGAAGAGACAGAGAGAGGAUGUACGAUAACGCUACCUCGCUGAAGAUGACCUCAUCAUUUGCUGACGACUUUACAGCAAAGAGGCAGUUUUUUACGCAAGUGACACCACAAAACCACAAGAACCACCUCCUGCUGGAUAAAGUUGUAUCUAGUUAUGCAAUAAGAGGAACAUAACUAUAUUUAUUAUUACAUUAAAAAAAAACAUAUUGUACUUUAAGGAUGCAACAGAUGCACCAUCGUAGGGGUUCAACUCAAGCUGCUUCACUGUCCCAAUCCAGAGGUUUUGAAAAGCUUAAUGGAUAUACAUGGGGACAGAAGGAUUUCUUUUGUAGCUUUGAAAUGAACAAUUAUCAACAACUGACACUAGAGGGAAGGAUGAGAAGGAGAAAACAAGAAAGGGAGUUUGGAUGAUAAACAAAUGCACUUUCAACCCCUGUAUUUGUGCUUCCAUGUAAAAAACAAAUAGACUCACAUGACACAUACUCUACAUGUAGGCAGAAACAUCUACAUGAACUCACUCUGACACUGUGGAUUACAUAACAUGACAAAAGAGACAUGAAACUCAAACAACAGUGAGACUAAAACCAACUCUCAUUCAUACAGUAAGUAUAUGUUAAAAAAGAGGGAAACAUCAAGCCCAGCUGUCUGCAACCAAGUGCCAUAUGAACUAAGAGAAUGAUGGUUUUCAUUACCAACAAAUGUAGAGAAAACUUAUAUGAUUUUUUGAGCCAUAUGACACUUGAUUAUAGACUACAGCAGCACUACAGAAAGUAUUAUAAGGGGAACAAAACCUCAGCUCGCAUAGAAACUGCAGGUGAGUUGAGUUUUUAGACCUUGAAGAUGUUGAAUGUAGUCUUAACAGAAGAAACUCGCUGCACUUACUUGAGUUCAUUUGAACUUAUUGAACCUUUGAGAGUUUGAAAAAACAUUAAUUCAGCUAUGUACAUCUACCCACAGUCAGCAUUGGUAACAUUUGUAACUUUUUAAACUCUUAGAUUAGAUCCAAGUAUGUGAUCAGGGGCCAAAUUUUGUUUUGGAGGCACCCCUGAUACUGCACCACAUCAUUUUUAAUGACACUGCAGCCCCAUGACAGUUAUAGGUGGCAAUUGUCAUUUGGGUCCUGGGGUUGAAAAGCAGAUAUGUAGGUAAAUCUCAGUUUUGUAGAAUAGAAGAUGUAAAUGAAUGUACAUAUGUAAAUAUGGGUGGGUGUAGAAAAACAAACCAUACCUGGCUUUUGUAAUUUUAGCAUACAGUAUGUAUGAGGUGAUAUAUUAGAUCUUCUGUAAUGGUAGAGACAGCUGCACUGCACCAGUGAGUGACAUUUUUAAUCCAUCAAUGAAAAAUAGACAAACUCCUCACACCAUCAUGCAUGUAAGCUAACUGCUGGUUAUGAUCGACAUGAUAUAGCAGAUUUUUCACCAUUUGGGUGCAAAAUUUUAGUGGAGCUGUUACGGUUUUCUACUCUAAUCAUGAACUUUUACAACCUCGAGAGAACACACACACACACAAGCAAUACACAUAGCCAAACUUAAGUUAUGAAAUCUCCAUAAGUGUAAUACAGGCACACACAUGCACAUAUUUGCUCUUUAUAGUUUCAUUAAAUAAACCAACCACAUUAACACACAUUUACACACACACACACACACACACACACACACACACACACACACACACACAUAUUUAUUCUUUAUAGUUUCAUUAAAUAAACCAGCCAGUGGCUGCAGAGGAUUAGUGGUUGAGAUGCCUCAAAGUCAUGCAGCUCACUUGGCUUUAGUUUACAUCCUCAUGGGUUUUUAAGAGUGUACUAUAAUUACAGAGGUUUUUUAGCUACUCAUUUUCAUAUUUUCUUAUUUUGUUGUUACGAGGAAUAUGACAACAUGUCUGGAGGACUGGAUAUUUAUUGGCUGAAGUUACAGUUACAUGUUUUUAUUUGAGCUUUUUAAAUUACUAUUCUCACUAUUAUUAGGUUUAUUAUUAAAUGUUUUCAAGCUGAAGUGUUGCUGGUAGGUAGGAAGGAUAAAGAAAAUUCAUUCAUUUCAUCAACUCUGUAGAUUGCAUUUAUAUAAUACUACAUUUUUCUGUAUGAUGUUUUUACUCUUGAAAUAAAGAAGGGAUGUAUUUUAAA